CCAGCCGCAGAGCGUGGUGUGUUUCUAGCCCGGAGUGGCACAUGGAGACGGUACACCAGCGCUAGACUAAUCUUCGACAUGGCGAACGCAGGCGGGAAUGUUACGGAAUGAGCGAAAGUUUCAGCUCUUCACCUUCCAGCUGACAGGUUGCCGUAUCUCCCCCUCACACGGUUCCAGAAAACGCGCCUCGACUAUUUUUAUCCCGCUCUGCUGCCGCUGAAGCGGCUGUAAAUGCGGCAACGUUGGCGACUCCCGUCUGCUGUGGAGCGCCACUGAGCUCUGUGAGAGCUGGACAGCAGCGAGGACAGGAGCCCCUCUCACAUCAGCACAGACUUCCUUGCCUGAGAGAUACGAGGGAAAGAGGGAAGGUGGAAGACUGAGAUGGACGAGGUAGCAGAAGGAGACUGACUGACUGGCUGACUGACUGAGAUAUGGCAGCUUCUAGUAACUCUAGUCUUUCAGGUUCCUCCGUCUCCUCUGAUCCUGAAGACUACCAACCACCAAUAUGGAAAUCCUACUUGUACCAACUACAGCAGGAGGCCCCGAGACCAAAGAGAAUCACUUGUCCACAGGAGAUUGAGAGCAGGCCCAAGUACUACGGCAGAGAGUUCCAUGGGCUGAUCUCUAGAGAGCAGGCGGAUGAACUGCUGGAUGGAGCAGAGGGGGCUUACCUAAUCAGAGAAAGCCAACGACAGCCUGGCACUUGCACACUCGCUUUGAGGUUUGGUAUUCAGACUCUGAACUAUAGGCUCUUCUAUGAUGGGAAACACUUUGUGGGAGAGAAGCGUUUUGAGUCAGUGCAUGACCUGGUCACAGAUGGCCUCAUCACUCUCUACAUUGAGACCAAAGCGUCCGAAUACAUUGCCAAGAUGACCACUAACCCCAUCUACCAGCACCUGGGCUACACCUCCUUACUGAGAGACAAGAUUACCCACCGUCUCAACCGGGCACGAUCCGAGCCCAAGAGAGUCACUUUCCAACAAGAUGACAAGAUAUCCACAUCUCCAGCAGGCAGACGCACAGCACUGAAGGACGGGCCUGAGAAACUCUGCAACUACGAAAAGGUCCAUAACUUUAAGGUACACACCUUCAGAGGACCACACUGGUGUGAAUACUGUGCCAACUUCAUGUGGGGUCUCAUUGCCCAGGGAGUACGUUGCUCAGACUGUGGGCUGAAUGUGCAUAAACAGUGCUCUAAGUUGGUGCCCAGCGACUGCCAGCCUGACCUGCGGCGCAUCAAGAAGGUCUUCAGCUGUGACCUCACUACGCUGGUUAAAGCUCACAAUACACCACGGCCCAUGGUUCUGGACAUGUGCAUUCGAGAGAUAGAGCAGAGAGGGCUGACGUCAGAGGGACUCUACAGAGUGUCAGGCUUCACAGAGCAUAUAGAAGAUGUGAGGCUGGCCUUCGACAGAGAUGGUGAGAAGGCAGAUAUCAGUGCCAAUGCUUAUCCAGACAUCAACACCAUCACAGGAGCCAUGAAACUCUACCUGCGUGAUCUGCCCAUUCCAGUCAUCACUUAUGACGUCUACUCCAAAUUCAUACAGGCAGCCAAAAUAAAUGACCCUGACGCCAGGCUAGAGGCAAUCCAUGACGGCCUUCUACAGCUUCCUCCGGCCCACUAUGAAACUCUCCGCUACCUGAUGACCCACCUGAAGAGGGUCACCAUGUACGAAAAAGACAAUCUAAUGAAUGCAGAGAAUCUGGGAAUCGUCUUUGGUCCAACUCUGAUGCAGCCGCCAGACCAGAACACGCUGGCCAGCCUCAACGACAUGAGGCACCAGAAACUCAUCAUACAGCUAUUGAUUGAGCAUGAAGAUAUCCUGUUUUAAACACAUCAACUGUAAAGAUUUUUGUACUCAGUGGUCAGGGUGGCCAUCCAUCAAAUCUGAAGACCCUGUUUUUGGUGGAGAAUUGCAUUAAUACGGAUGCAUUACAUUCUCAAUUACACAGAAUGUGUUGUAAACCGCCAAUAACACUUGGUGGUCAUGAUGCUACGAUGCUAUCUUGAUCAGUAGAAAUGCUCUUACAUUAUUUUUUAUAUGUAUUCUUAUUUACUGUGAUCCCAUGCAGAGCAAAUCAUAAGAUGAAUAAUGACAAAAUCCUAUUUUUUUUAUUGUUUGUAUGAUAUAGUAAAAUUACAGUACUACUUCCCCAGAAGCCAAAUAAUGUAAAUUACAGCCUGGCACAUGACUGAUGGGUCCAUGUUCAGUGUGUUAUACUGAUGAUUUCAUAGUUCAAUAAGAUUUAAAAGUUGUUUGUUCUUUGUAAAAGGGUGGUAUGUACAGAAUAUGUGCACAUUUGAUAUGUGUUCUACAAUGAGAAGACCUAAUAUGACGCACUUUUUUUUGCUUUUGCAAAGAGUGUAAAUAUUUUCAUCCUUAAUUUUUCUGCAUUAUGUGUUAAUAACUAUGAAUAUAAAGCCCAAAGUCCCUUUCAUUUUUAUUUUUUUGCCCGAAAAAGCAGAGGGAAAUGCUCCGAUAAUGUUCAGUGUGGUUCCUUUGUGCUUGUAUGUACUCCUGUAGCACACAACUUGUUCUUAUCUUAAGGAUGGUACCGAUAAGGAGCAUUUUGACCGUCUCUGACUGUGAGGAUUGGGUGCUGGAAAAAAAAUAAUCACAGCUAGUUCUGUUGCCUUUGUCAAUGUCUGUUGAAGUUGUUUAUUUGAUAUGAGACCUUUCUACAAAUUUGUUUCAUGAAAAGUAUUUUCUGUGAAGAAUGUAAUUAUGAUUGUAAUUUAUCAAAUACUGAUUUAUUAAAUUAUGUAAACCGUU